AUGGUCCUAGAAGCAGGCUAUCCAAACACAACAGGCUUUCGCAAAGUCGUCAAAGCAACAAUCCUAGUAAAGAAGAAGCCAGGCUUGAGCGAUGCCGACUUUAUAUCACACUACAACACCAAGCAUGCAGAGAUGGCCAAAGGAGUUUUGAUCAAGCACGGGUGUAUAACAUACAGUCUGACAUAUCAUCUCCAACGCGAUAGAAACAUCAUGCAAGAUAUGUUGAAAGGGAAAGCCAAUCUUCUACCUUAUGAUGCCAUCUGCACGUUUGUGUUUGCUGAUUACAUGGCCUUUGCACGCUUCAUGUAUGAUCCGGCUAGCAAGGCUUUGACGGGCGAUCAUGAUAACUUUAUGGUCGAGGAGGAGAUGAAGAUGAUGGUCGGGGACGAGUACAUGGUCAUCGAGGACGGAAAAAUGGUCUCGUGA